AUGCCUCGACCAACCGAAGGUAAUAGUGUUCAUCAAGAAACUGGAAAUAAUGAUAAUGAUGCCAGCCUACCAUCCACUUCAAGAUCAGAGCAGAAUCUUCAGUUGCCUGAUGAAGAGAAUUCUACUGCAGUGUCUAAUAGAUCCGAGGCUUUUGUGUCUUCUGAUGACGAACCACUGUCUACCAGUGCGCGCAGUACAAUUACACAGAGCACGAGUGCUUUGUCAACUGAAGCUUUGGAUAGUGGAUUACAAACUGGAUCCCAAAAAAGAAAACGUAAAGAAAAUAAAUCUUUAACCGAAUAUCAGCGUCGAAUGAUCCAAAUCGAAGAAGAUAAAAUUAAAGCGUUUAAGGACAAAGAAAAAGAAGUUGAUGAUGAAGAUUUACUAUUUUUGAAAUCGCUAGCUCCAUAUUUUAAAUAUAUGAAUCCAGUGCAAAAAUUAAGAUUAAAAAGUAAACUACAGAAUACAAUAGCAGACGAAAUUUCUCUAGCUAUGUCAUCACCCCUUUCAAACUCUUCAUCUACUAUGUCAAUGUCAAUCAUACCUUCACCUGUGCACGCAUCCUCACAUCCAUCCAUGGCACCACCGACAAACACACAACAAUUCUACGAAUCAUUUAAUGCUGAAUAUGAUUCUUGA